AAGUAACUAUGCAAGAUGCGGAGCAGGGUCAGGAAGGUAAUAAAAUGAAGCUGCCUUCACAACCAUCAAACAUAAUUAUGAAGUGCUUAUUUGAUGUUUGUCGAGAAAUAAAUCGUGUUGGCAGUCCAACAUUGCAUGAGAAUGUAAUAAAAGAUCUUUAUACACAAAUAUUUCUCAAAAUUGUUGAAUUGUACAUUCAGUUUGUUUCUGAUACAAAUCAAUUCACAAAUGUUUCUGAAAAAAGUGCUAUACAAUUAUUAUAUGAUAUUAAAUUUUUAAAAAAAAUUUUUGAAUAUUGUUGGUCAUCAAAUAUGAUUAACAAUGAUGAUAUUCAAGAAUGCAAGCAAAGAGAACAAAUGAUAAAUCAAAUUUUGGAAGCAAUUAGACAUAAAAUUGAUCCAAUAGAUUUCGAAAUAUUUAAGCCAUUUCUUGAUAAGAAUGUUGAGAGGCAUUAUACUAGGAGUUCAAUUAUGUUAGGACUUUUAAUUCAAUUGAAUCCAAAGAUUACUGAUAUGUAA